GCUUGUUUAAGUACAGUCGCAUUUAGUUGGAGCUGCAGGAGAGAGACAGAGAGAUUCUCUGUGUUUACAGCCAGCAUAGCCUACGGUGGAGCAUCUAACCUGGCCCCCCCCUUUCUCCAGCACUUGAAGGGGAGAGUGUGAGGUUAUUUGGGAAUCUGGCCACCGUAGGUCAGCUUGCGCUGCGACUGGAUUGUCAGAGCUGGUAAAGCAGAGCCCAGAGGGACUGAAGGGAGACACGAAUCCCAUUUUCUUUGAGAGGAGAGAAGGGGAAAAAAAAAAAAAGAUAAAUUGAAAAAGGGAGAGAGAGAAGCGAAGAGACGGAGAAAAAGGCAGAGGAAGCAGAGCGAGUGAGAGAGAAGCAUGAGGACCUACUGGCUGCACAGUAUCUGGGUGCUGGGCUUCUUCCUGUCCCUCUUCUCCUUGCAAGGGCUGCCAGUCCGCAGCGUGGAUUUUACCCGAGGUACCGAUAACAUCACCGUGAGGCAAGGGGACACAGCCAUCCUCAGGUGUUAUGUAGAAGACAGAAGCUCCAAGGUGGCCUGGUUAAACCGUUCCGGCAUCAUUUUUGCUGGAGAGGACAAGUGGUCCCUGGACCCUCGAGUAGAGCUGGAGAAGAGAAACCCCCUGGAAUACAGCCUGCGGAUCCAGAAAGUGGAUGUCUAUGAUGAGGGGUCCUAUACGUGUUCAGUGCAAACACAGCAUCACCCCAAGACUGCCCAGGUUUACUUGAUCGUGCAAGUUCCACCAAAGAUCUCCAAUAUCUCCUCAGACAUCACCGUGAAUGAGGGCAGCAACGUGACCCUGGUUUGCCUGGCAAAUGGGCGUCCUGAACCUGUAAUCACCUGGAGGCACCUCACCCCAACAGGCAGAGAGUUCGAAGGCGAGGAAGAGUAUCUGGAGAUCCUGGGUAUCACACGAGAGCAGUCGGGCAAGUAUGAAUGCAAAGCUGCCAACGAGGUUGCCUCAGCAGACGUCAAGCAAGUCCGGGUCACUGUGAACUACCCUCCCACCAUCACAGAGUCCAAGAGCAAUGAAGCGGCCACGGGACGACAAGCCUUACUCCGGUGUGAGGCAUCAGCAGUGCCCACGCCCGAUUUCGAAUGGUACAGAGAUGAUACCAGGAUAAACAGCGCCAAUGGUCUGGAGAUAAAGAGCACGGGGAGCCAGUCUCUGCUGAUGGUGGCCAACGUCACUGAGGAACACUAUGGAAACUACACCUGCGUGGCUGCCAACAAGCUGGGAGUCACAAAUGCCAGCCUAUACCUUUACAAACGAGUUUUACCCACACUCCCCAAUCCUUUUCCAGGACCCGGCACAGGGAGAGUAGACAACGGCUCCAUGAGUUUGGCCGUCCCACUGUGGCUGCUGGCAGCGUCCCUGCUCUGCCUACUCAGCAAAUGUUAAUACAAAUCAGAAUUAAAAAUAAUAAUAUUAAUAAUAAUUAAAAAAACAACACGACAACGACAACAACACACAAAACAAAAUGCGUUAUACAGGAGACAGAGCGAAGAGAGGGGAGAGAGAAAAAAGGGGGGGGGAGAGAGAGAGACGACUGUUUCUUUCACAACUUUUGUGUGUUCAGGAGCGAAGAGGGGGGAGAGGAAAAAUUACAGCAAAGAAGACUCAGCAACAUUUAAUCCAAAACCUGAAAAGCCGGCUGUCAAGUCACUGACUGUCUAGGAGGCAACACGAACCGAGGGAGAGAAUGGGGCACCAGCAAGGAUCGCGUCGCCGGAGGAUGCUGCAAUGUAAACAAUCCAACAAAACCCAUAAAGCCAAUCAAACAGAAGAUCCCUUUUCUUUUCUCUCCUCCUUCCUCUUUUCCAUACUUCCUCACCUUCCUUCCUUCCUUCCUCCUCUUUCUUUCUUUUGCAGAAAGAGGUCUUUGCUUCGGUGUCUAUAGCCAUUUAACUUUUUGGAUGCCCUGGGUCAUUUUUGUGAGCUAAUGCUCAGCCAGUUCAUACUUUUGAAAACAAAGAAAAAAAAAAAAGCCACAAACCAGAGCAAGUCACCUGAAGCUCUCUGCACACUGGUGUCCUGUGAAGAACUCUUCCUCUCUUCACUUCACCCUGCGCUCAUGUGCACCCAGCCCUUGCUAAACACCUUUUUUCCUGUCCCUUCCUUCAUGCAACAUCACCCUUGCUGGCCUAAACUAAAGCUGUGUCAACUCUACUGAAAGCCUACUUUUCUUUUUUUUUUUUAAAUCCUCUUCCUCUCCCCCCUCAAUUCAACCAGGUGUCUUUCUCUUUCUCCUGUGUAUGCCUGUGUGCGUGCGUGCGUGCAUGUGUGGCUCUCGCUCCGUCUUCACUCUUUCUCUCUUUCUCUUCCUCUCUCUAAGCAUGCAAAAUGAACAGUCCAUGUGUACAUAUGCUCAUCCUGCUGUAGAUAAUGUCCUGCCUUGUAAGUGUGAGACAAGAUGCAGAGAGAUCACUCAGGCAGAGAAGAGGGGUGAGGAGAGAGGGGCAGUUGCAACACAGAUUCCAGUGGUGUCCUCUCUCCAGCAUCCUCACUGGCUUUUUAACUUCUGGCCACCUUGCUUGCAAGAGUCAGUCUGCACCCUUGUCUACCCUUUUUUUCUCUCCCACCUGCAACCUGUCUGGCUCUCAGCCUCUAAGUACCAGCAUAGCAGCCCCUGCUAUGCAUGAGUGCUCGCACACAUGCAUGGGGGUGUGCACUCAUGUGCAAUUGUCCAAACGAGCAGAAGAAACCAGGACUGGCCUACAGCACUAUGGACUGAAGAGUGCAACCACCCAUUCCUCCUGGGAAUGGGAGGCUGAGCUGGUGGGAUGUGAGUGAUGAGACCUUGGACAUCACCAAGCAGCCAUUCCUUUUAGGUAUAGUGUGUGCAUAGAAGCAAUGCCUCAACAUGAAAACAGCAAUCUGGUCAUUCCUAACCAUUUUGGUAGUCAUGCAAAAAUAGAGCCAAUACUCUUUUUUGUUGUUUUGUUGUUUUCAUUCUUACUGUCCUCCCUGGUAUAAAAGGAAAUGUAGGCUGUGUGAGAGGGUGAGUGUGCGUGUGCAUGUUUGUGUGCUGUACACCAUUGCUACUACAAAACUCACUGCAAAUUCCACAUUUGAAACAAAUUGGGUCAGAAAAUGUCCAAGACCUGUGAAUAGAAGAAGUAAAACAAAUCUCAGGUCCAAAAUCCUGGGCUUAUAAAGAAGGAGCUUAAAGUGGUUCAGCAAAGAAGUGGGCAGCACAAUUCCCCUUUCUCUUCUCUUUUCUCAUCUCAAGGGUGCUGGUCUUGCUGGAGAGUGCUGUUGCUUGCCAUCACACUUCCCAUGGCAGAACCACAUGCAGAAGUGCCAACAGGAGAUGCUUUGUGGCUCCCAAGUGAGGAGAAGGAGAGAACAGGCUGUUAGAAACAGGGCUGAGAAAAUGCUGAGUGGUGGCUGGAAGUUGCCACCCAGCACAAGGUCUGAUGCAGGGGGAGAGGGCAAGACAACAGUCAUACUCUCCAUUGGCUGCAGUGCAUGUGUGUGGGCAGGGGCAGUGGGGAGAAGACUCCUGUGUCUCCUGGCCAGUCACAAGCCCUAGUAUCCACCAGCAGCAAAGAUGAUGAAACACAGUGUUUAUCAGGUAGCCACUUGCUUUUCUGGGGAGAGAGAUGUGCAGGAAGAACUUGAGUUAGCCCACACAAGUCGAGUGACCAUCCCAUGACAGUACAGCUCAGCACCACUGAGCUUCCAAGCACAAGCCAGCUUGCUUUUCUGUCUUUGCCCUGCAAGUUGGCACAGUAGCAGCACGUCAGGCAGUCACGCUCACACGCUCUUGAAAGCAAGGGGAAAAUUGCUUGGCCUUGCCGCUCUCCAGUGUGCUGGAGAGGAUACCCACCGGGUGGUCCCCUGCCAGGAAGGAAAGUGGGAAAUUGCUGCCUGCAAGCCUGUCCCCAUCUUUGCUUGAGUGGGGCACAGUCUGAUAAGGCUUCUCCCUGCUGCUCAGCCUGCUGCUUUCGCCUUGCACUGCGGCACUGCUGACCCUGCCCCCUCGCUGCUGAGCUCAGCUGUUUCAGGCAGCAGCAGGCACGCAAUUAAGCAGGCAGUCAAGGGCUCCUCACAGGCAGCCAGAAUGAGCGAGGAAAUUUAUUGAAGACACAAGAGGCUGUGUCUUGGGCGUUACAAGAGUUGCUACAGAGCUACUGUGGGAUUGCAUGGUGGUAAAUUAUGCUCCUCCAGGCCCCAAAGCCAUACCUGGAGGUGUUUGUGCUUUGGUGCAAGAGGGGAAAGCCGGGCAACUGGUGCUUGAAAUCCACUCAAGGCAUCCACGGAUGGCUCCCCUCUUCCAAGAUAGGGCAGUCAUUGGUGGGACUUGGGCAUCUCCUUUGGAGACUGGUGUGCCUGUGGCGGCCCAGGGAGAAAAUGCCCUGUAUCCUUCAGAGCAUUCAGACAUCCCAGUCCUUGUACCUACCCUUAAGGAGCGUCGUGUAAUUCGGUGUCUUAGUAACAUAUCCAGAUUUCCUGCUGCCACAGGGCUUCUCUUUCCCCUGGUACAACCACGAGCUGAUGCUGUUUCUAGAAGCCAGAUCUGGGAACUGCACCCUUUCGAGCACACUGACACAAGGGAAAACACCACAUUGCUCAUUCUUGGGGCUGUACCUAUGCCUGGAUUUAUUGUUGCAGGCUUGGUGUGAAAGGUGGGCAGCCUACUGUGUCCUGCUGUCACAGGCUGUUCCUAAAGGCUGGGUAGGCCCACUUUAGGUUCUUUGAUGUCAGCCUGGUUGGUGUUGUAGCGUCUGUCCCAUGCGUUGUCUUCUGCAUGUGUUUUUGUCACUGUGGGAUCACUCCUAGGCACUGGGAUCACACACAUCAGAGCCCUAUGGUGUGGUGGUGGUCAGAAGUCCUGAUACUUCAUUGUCUCACACCUGUUUUGGUUUGAAGGAGUUUUGAGGGGAUAUUUUUUAGAUGUCAAGGCACAGAGGCUUAUGGUUAAAGGGAAAUAUAUCAUUAAAAGAAGGACAUCCAUUUUUUGAAGCCACCUGCCUGUUAGCUGGGGGAAAUGGACACAGCCCCGGUGCUGUGUGUGAGGGAUCUGGUCUUUCAUGCAGGCCCUUGGCAGAUCUUUGCCUCUGUUGCAUGGCCGUGAAAUAGGGUUAAAAUCAAUUAUUUGCAGACCUGUCUGAGACAAGCCACCAAUAACAAGUAUGCCUGUUGUCUGCAGCAGUGCUGGGAACCCCGCUCCUGGCAAUGUCUGUUCUUAGUAGGGGUGGGAGUGUCGUCGGUAGGCUGGAGCUUGAUUUACUCCUAGAAUCUAAUCCUGUGAGCUGCAGUGUGCAUCACAGGAUGCUGUAAACAUCCCCUAAUUUCUCCUGAACUUGGGCAGUGAUUGCUCAAAGCAUAUGUCAAGUGGUGAGGCUAGAUGAAUGCAGGAAACACAGGCAAGGUCAAAUGCUUUUUUCCCAAUCCCUUUCUCCACUCCACCCUCUGACAGAGAUGUUGCAAAGGUUUUUCUCAUGUCUCAGUCCCUUUUCUCUGAAAUUGUUUCUGCUUUUCAUCUAUUCUCCGCUUUCAUGUUGCUAUCUUUCCCAUUCCCUCCCAAAAAGCUGGGCUCUUACUUCCUGCUGCCUCUCAGCUGGUUGAGGACCAGGAAAGAUGGGAGUUUGGAAUGGGACACCAGUUCCUUGAGCUUGUCAGUGUAAUUGUGUUUGAUUGAUGGAGAUUUAACAUUUAGUGUUAUAAAAAGAGAAAUGAACAAAAUGAAAAAAAAAAAGAAAAAAUUGUAUUUCUUCAACUUGUUUGUAAAUAUUACAAGAACUAAAUGAGAUGUCUGGUAAUGUCCAAGCAGAGGAACAAAAACUUAGAUUUAAUAUAUGGCCCCAUACUUGCUAGCAGAUUUCUAACCCUUUUCGGAUGACUGAGAGGAGGGGUGAAGGCAAGUCUUUCUGAAAGGAACUGGACAGGGGAAAUGCAGCCACCCCAAGCCACAUGAACUCCAUGCAUGAUUGUAGCAUGUUGCUUGGAGCGUGUGCCUGGUCAGAUGGAAAACGAAGCAAACGCCUGUCUCUGAACGGCUGGGAAGGGCAACAUGGGAUGCUCCAGCCGACACCUGUAUCUUGGCAGUUGUGUUCAUUUUUGUUUGUCUGCAGCCCCGUAGCUUGGGGGCAUGUUGCUCAGUGAUGCACCCCCCUCCUCUCCCCACUGCUUUCUUCUCCAGUGAAGUUGUGUCGCCCCAUGCUAGCACCGAGUGCAUGUUAACGUGCCAUUCAUGAAGAUUUCAUUGGUGACAUGCAUUGUGUCAAGAGUUAGUGUUUGUCCGCACAUCUUUCUCACGCCACUGACUGUUCACCACUUGGGCAGAUCUCUCGUGUAGUGCUGCUUGCCCCACUUUUGGUCAAAGUAUAUCCAAACCCCACCAGCUCUUCUUAGCUCCAGGUGCAUCCAGACCAUGCCCCCAGGCCACCUGUCUAAGCAACCCCAUUUUGAAAGUCCAAGCACACAGCAUGGACAAAGUCACCGUCAAUAGCCGCAUGGGCUCCAGACUGAGUGGUAGCUACACAUCUGGAAGGAAUUUGGGGGAGCAGCAGUGAGUCCCAAUGAUACAAGAGCUUUUGGGGAAGAAGAUCUGGGAAGUCAGAGGAGUUAUGCUAGAGUCCUUCACAGCCCCACCACCAGGUGAUGUUUCAGCUCAAUCUUUGUGCAGUGUUUCAUCGCUUCACCCUUUCCUGAUGAGGGAAUCUGCAGGCACAGGGAAAAAGCUCUUCUCCUCCCAACCCCUCUCACACCUCUGCUUCCUCUCCUCCAAGCACACUGACCUGCAGCCCAAAUGCUGAUGGUGCUUGAUGUGACAUAGCAAGUGACACAGAGGAUGGCUGACCAAGACAGUCCGACAGAGGUGGUGCUAGAGGAGUGAGCAGUUCUCUCUCUCUCUCUCUCUCUCUCUCUCUCUCCUGAUGGUGCACAAUCUUACUGCUUCUCUGACUCAAGUACACAGAACUUCUUGAUUUAGGGAUGCCGGGAGCAAACUGUUCUAUGGGAAGAGGAAAACUUCAGGCAGAGAAGUGAUGGAGAAACUGGAUGGUAAUUUCCAAGAUGUGGUGCCAGUGAAAAAGGGUAGGGAUGAGUGCUGUCCGUUGUCCAUGCACAGAACUCUCAGGUUCACCAGUGAGGAGACCAUGGCCUCUCAACACUAAUCUUAGAGUGGCUUCAUUUCCAGUGCGAUGCCCAGAAGAUGGUUUUUUUUGACUGCAUGACUCCUGCUGACUAAGAAGCUGUGUCACACCAUUAAAACCUCUUUCACUUUUCCUUCUUGUAACAUGCUAGAAUGAUAAUUGGGAAACUCCCACAGGCCCCCAAAAUUUUGCUUGAUGGUUGGCUCCCAUUAGGGCAAUAUAUGGUGUUUGGUUGUUGGUUCACUCACCAUAACAGGAAAGCAGAACUCAUCUUGGUUAGGAUAUGUUGGUAUGGUCCUCUGUACUUCUGUGGCUUGGGUUGAUGUGUAUGAGGAAGGAGACCUACCAAGGCAGGGCUUGGGAAAGAGGAGCAGAUCUGAUUAGCCCAGGCAGGUGGGAAGCAAAGCGUCCUUCAUUUGCUGCAGGCUCAGGUUAACUGGUGCCACAGCAACUCAGACUGCCCUGCAAGCCUUGUAGAAGUGCCCAGGCAGCAGAGGAGGAAGGGGCAGUGACAGUCAGGAGGACAUGACUGCAGUGCAGGUGAUAGGGCUGCAUAAGCAGCAGGGCUCCUUGGGUAGCAUGGCUGAGGAAGGGACAGACACUGCAUCCCAGAAGGGCCACUCCCAGGUAGGGUGGGCCCUUCCUUCUCUUCCUAUGCUCACAGUGCAUCAGAAGCUCCCUCCUGGCCUCGCAGGGCAUGCUCACUGUGCUGCAAUGGGCCUCACGAGUGAUGCAGUGUGACACCACAGUGGCUCCAGCCGUGUCCUGAGAAAAGGCAUGUGGAUGUUUCUGUACAUAACGUAGGACCAUGGAUGGAGACAAGGAGCAAAGGCUACCUAGGAACCAAGCAGGGAGGGGAGCACCUCCCAGGCAGGGCUGUCCUCCAAAAUUAUGACAUUUGCUCCCCAUUCGGCCACGCACAGGCGCGUACGCACACCCCCGCGAGCUCCACCGCGCACAUGCUGCAGUAGUCCUCACGGCUACCGUACAGAUGCUCUCCUUUCCCACACUCUCCAUCACACACACGGCCAGACAGGCACUCAUCCACUUGCUCCUGGCCUGGCUCUGUCUGUAACCCACACAGCUACUGGUGACCUCCUGAGGAAACCAGGAGAAAGUGUGUGUGUGUGUGCCUGUGCCUGUGCAUAUAGGAGCACCUGUGUGUGCCUGGAAAGGGAGGAGGAGGCAAAGAGCGGGAACCUGCCUCCUCAGUGCCACCAUCACCUCCCACAGUCAUUCAGCUUUCCCAGCUGGAGCCAAGAUUCAUCCUCUAGACCUUGAGAAUGAAGGCCAGUCCCUUCUUCUUGCUACACGGUGGGGUGGUUAGAACUCUCCUCAUUAACAGUGUUAUAUACAUAUAAAUAUAUAUAUAUAUCUAUAUCUUUAUAUAUAUUUUUCCCCAGCACUGUAGACAUGAGCUGAACUUCUCUUUAAUGAAACGAGAAAAUGGCCAUUUAAUUUUUUGCCAUUGGUUUGUUUUUGAAACUAGCUCUGUGAAAGAAAAUUUUAAAAGCGCAAGUGUGUGUGUAAAAGAACCGAUCAAAAAAACUAAACAACCCAACAAAUGAAUGAACAAAACCCAGCGAUGGAAAAAAAAAAGAAGCUUUUUAUUUUUCUUUUCUCAAUGUAUUUAACUUCUGUUAUCUCGUUUCUGUUUCUUUACAUGUAUGAAUGCUCUGCUCUUCUGUGAUCUUAAAAAAAAAUACAAAAAAAUACAAAAAUUAAAUAAACGUGAAAAGGAG